AUGGAUCUCAACAAGCUCACUGUCAAAGAGCUUUUGGCGAAACUCACAGAUGCCGGUAUAGAAAAGCCCACUCUUAAAGAGGGACUCGUUGCUUUCUUCGAAAAUCAAUCGCGGCUUGCACGUCGGAGGGAUCAAGCCAAGGAAUUAGCUGCUAUUGAACGGAAGUUGGAUGAGACAAAUGAAGGGCCUGAAUUGGAAUCUCUCCUCCAGCGCACGACCAAGGCUCUUCUCUCCGGAUUCGACUUCUCGCUUCCAAAGCUUCCAAAGGGUUUAGAAGUUAAAAUGAAUGUUAACAUGCAACUUUGGCAUACGCGUACUGAGGUUGUGAAUCAAGAUGAUGAGAGCGGGCUACAGACUCCAGGUUCUCGGAGUGGGAAUGAAAUGACAAUGACCAAUAUUUCGAUGGGACGGGCAUUGGAAGUUGUACACGGUGCGGAAGACGAAGAAGAAUUAGAUGGAAAUGGCAUUCCCAUCAUUCUACCCCCACGCCAAGAAACGAAACUGAGCCCUAAUGUCGUCGAUUCCCGAAAACGCAAACUCGCAAGCCCCGCGCUACAAAUCACUUCUACCUUGACCUCAAAGUCCGAGAUGGAAGCAGGCCAUAAAUCUAACAGACAAGCCCAGAAAAAUGAACAGACUCUCGAACCCGUUCCUUCGAAUUCUAAGCCUGCAACACUCAGACAAUCGCAUAAAAAACAAAAGCGUAUUGCUGGAAGGUUCGCCUGA